CAAUCCCAUAUAAGCAAGCAGUAGCGAUUUAUGCCCUGCUUUUUCUGCACCAUCUAAACACCUCUCUCUCUCUCUCUCUCCCCCAAAUCGAAACCCUCUAAGAUACAUACAAGAAACACAGAAACCCACGAAAAUUCUCUCUUCUGUAUCUAAUCUAUCCAUCUCUCUAUCUCUAUCUCUAAUGGCCCAGCUGGACCAAAAUUUGUGUAGGAGAAAAACAAAAAAGGAAAGAUGGAAAGAUAGAAGGAAAGGUGUUUGUGUUCUUCUAAUGUCCUCCAAUCACGCGAGUCCCACAAAUACCCCUCUCUUUCUCUCUCUCUAUCUCCUAACCCUUGUGGGUUUUUUUCGGUUUCAGCAUUCAAAGCUUCAAGAGAGAGAGAAAACUGGUUUACCCAGAACGCUCUCUGUCUUUUCAUCUGCCUCUCUAUAUAUAUCUCUUUCUCUCCAAAACCAAAACCAGAACCAGAACCAGAACCUUUUAUCUCUCCCUUUUUGAUCUGGGUUUGCGUUUUCUCUGAAUAUUCUGCAAUUUUCUUGGUGGGUAUGGGAUUUUGAGAGCAGAUGAUGAAAAGGGCUUUUGUCAAUCUUCAUCAAUCUCAUGCUGUUGAUGGAGAAGCUAGGGCUAAACUCCAACAUCAUACACUCUUGCAAGAGUAUUUGCAGUUACAAAAGGAAUUUGUUUUGAAAAAGAGGAAAUUGCAGACAACAAAGCAAAAGAGAGAUACCCUCUUGGCCGAAGUCCGAUUUUUAAGGCGAAGGCGUAGAUAUCUAUUGAAAAUCCAAUCUCCCAAACUCAAACUCAAAGAAGAUCUUGUCCAACCACAAAAUUCUGAUAUGCCAAGAAAAAUUCUUGGAAAGCGUAAAAAUCUUGGAAAGAAAAUGGAUUGUAGUGUUAAUGCAGCUGCCAUGGGAAGCCCGUAUACGGUCUUGGUUCCAAAUUCAGAUACGAGAAUUGAAGAGGAGGAAGGGAAAGAAAGAGAACAAAUUGGUAAGCAUCCAUUGAGACUAGGAAAGAAGUCAAGAAAGUUGUUAACUGAUGACAAAAGAGUGGGUAAGAAGAAAAUCUCAGGGCAAGAUCAAAUGCCUUUGAAGGUCUAAAUGUUUAUACAUUUAUCUGGUGAAGAAAAUGCCCUCUUUUCUUGUGAAGAAAAAGCUUUUUGUUGGCAUUACAAAAAUUUUAAUGUUUCUUUCUUUCUUCUUCUUGACUUUUAUUUUUUUAGGUUGUUUGUUUUUGGGUGCCCCUUCCCUUUUAUAAGGGUAAACUGUAGAGUGAAGAUUUGAUAAGUUUAUUAUUAUAAAUUUUUUUGAUAAGUUUAUUAUUGCAAA